CUUGUUGAAAACAAGCAACACUUUUCUGAUCCCUGUCAACGUUGACAGCCGAGUUGAGCGCCGCCAAACUUGAAAUUUUCGUUGAGGACGGGGAUACGGACGACAACACACAACACACGAGUGAGUCAAGCGGUGGCAAAGAUGACGGUGACGACGGCGGCGGAGCUGCCAAGCAAGGAGGAAGGCCUUGGCUUCAGCGUGGAAGAAGUGGACACGCUCAAGCGAAGGGAACUUCAACACCUCUGCAAGCGCUUUGGUAUCAAAGCAAACACCAAGAAUGUGCAAAUGAUCGCAGAGCUGAAGCAGCUCCACGAAACGUGGCUUGCCCAGUGUGACAGUGCGGACAUAAGCGCUGAGGACGAGCAGCAGGAAAGCGAGGAGGCAGCAGGGGAGGAUCAACGGUCAGAUAACAACAUGUGCAUGGACACGGUCGUUGACGCUCACAACACCAACGCUGAUGAAGUUGAGGCGUCGAUGAAGGACGAUGCUGACGACGUGGAGCAUGAUAGGCGUGUUGAGCACCAAAGCAAGUACGAACGCGUCGACCAGCAAAAAGAUGCAUUGGACAGCAGUGAUCAGGCUGCUACGGAUGAGAACACCCCGCCAACAACAGUAAUGCAGACAGAGGAAGACAGCAAUGCCAGUGAAGAGCACGCUGCUAUUCCAACCAGCCCAUGCACCCCAAAGAGGCAGAUUCUCUCCAUGGCCGGAACCCCACGGUCUGGCCGCAAGACGUGGAGGGAGAGUCCGGUUGUGUCAUCCCUCCGUCGCCUUUCGCAUGUGGUGGACGGAUCCACACCGCAGAGCCCGCUCGCUCAAGCGCCAUCAACCACCACAGCUGUCGCCACACCAAGCACCGAUCUUCGUGCGUCGAUCAUGGGCGACCUUCAAAGAAUCAUGCAGUCAAAGCGGACAGCGACACCGCAACGUGCAGGCCACAAGCGCACGUCUCUCAGCACGACCACAACCACAAUAACAGCAGGUGGCGGCGUAGGGAGAGCGGAUCAGCGUGGCACCCCACACUGCAGGCGCGGUGGUAUUGCGGAAUGGGCAAAGCACCAGACAGCCUCCCCGCGCUCAACAACAGAAAAGAAAUUCGACCGCCUCCACCGCAGCAUCAAGGCGGAGACGCUUGAUGAGGAGCGAGCGCGGAAGGAGAAGCGACGGGCUGCGCUGUGUCGCGAGCACAACAAAUGGGACCGCUUGGCAGGCGCCGGCAGGAAGAAGCACACCCCCGCCACCACAGCCGUGGCCCCAGCCACAAAGCGCACGAAGCGGCAACUGCACAAGAGCAAACAGCAGCAGCAGCAGCCCGCACGGUCAUCCUCGGCACUUCGCAAACCAACUGGCUCUCAGCUGCUGCGAAAGACGCAGCACAAGUCGCUGCUUGCAAGCAACGCCGCCGCCCCGACCGUGCGUUCGUCCCAGAUGAAGAAGAAGCAAAAGGCCGCAAUCACAUCAUGCCUGCAGACAAGCGGCGAGACGAGAAUCCCACAGCGCGCCAGCAACAAGGAGGCCCCAGGCUCUGUCACAAAGCACGUGGCUGGGAAGAGGAAGCCAAAGGUUGGCGUGCUGCAGACGCCAAACCGCAACAACGACGAUGCGCGGGAGGAAGCCCGUCGCCGACGUGAGCGCCAGCUCAGCUAUAAGCCGCCCAAGCCCACGCCCAAACGCAACACCGCCACGGCCAGGACCGCCUUGAGCCGACAGCACCCGGCUCAUUGACAUGACGUGAGGGUCAACACUUCAGCCGGUGGGCUGGGCUGAUCAAGCAGGCUCGCCGUCACCUGACACAUGCUCUUCGCAUGCCGGUUUGCUCCUCUUUGCGCUUUUGCGUUCCUCUUGUGUUCCUCUUGCGUUCCUCUUGUUCCUCUUGUGCCUCUUCUUGUGUUUGCCUUGCUGCAGAGAACCAUGCCUUUGUUGUGUUGGACCUUGUGUUGGACCAGCGCGAAGCUGCUGUGCUUUUCUGCCACAGCACGUACGGUGCCUCCUACUUCAUCUCUUGUUACACGCCAUUCUUCCUGUCAAGGAAAGGCCCUUGUCCAGGCCGCAUCACACCACCAUUCACUAUUGUGUCUCCUCACACAAUGAAGUGACAGCUCCUGCAAGUGCAAGCGUGUGUUGUGUGUGUGUGUGCGUGUGAGGAGAAAUGGGGCAGGAAAGCAAAUACACAGCGAGUUGGAAAGCACCAAACAAACAUACAUGCAUACACAUGUACACACAAGCACGUUGGCCGAGCAUCAGUGCCCCUGCGCCCAACAUCACGUAUGCACAGGGUGUUCAUGGUCUCCUUCAAACAAAAAAGGAAGACGAUUGCCCUUGCAUAUCAUGGAAGGCGCAAGCUUUCAUCACUUGCAAGCCACAACUAGAGGGAAGGGAACACAGAGAGGAGGAGAGGAGACACACACACACACACAAGGGAAGGAGCACACAACAGAGGCACAAAGACGCAGACGGCACACGUCACACGUCACACAGCACCUCAUCUCUGCACUGCGCUCAUC